UGCAUCCGUGAAGUCGCCCGACCAACAGUUGGACCUCGUGUGGCUUCGGUUAGAGACUGGCUGGGUUGCAGGGGUUGCAUGGCGUUGCCAGGUGGAAAUAAAGAUAACAUCAGGGCAGGGUGCAAGAAAUGUGGCUAUCCGGGUCAUCUGACAUUUGAGUGCCGAAAUUUUCUCCGUGUAGACCCCAAAAGAGAUAUAGUUCUAGAUGUCAGCAGCACAAGCAGUGAAGACACGGAGGAAGAGGAGCUGGGGAAGCUGCAAGCCAUUCCAGAAAAUAAGAGCAUUGCUGAAGAAGAAGAAAAGAAAAAGUCUAAAAAGAAAAGCAAAGAAAAAUCCAAAUUAAAGAAAACAAGGAAAAGAUCUUAUUCUUCAAGUGACACAGAAGAGGAUGAACCUAAAUCAAAAAAACAAAAAUCCCAUAAGAAAGAAAAGAAGAAAAAGAGUAAAUCUAAAAAAAGAAAACAUCACAAAAAAGGGAAGAAAAAGAAAAAAAAGGAGAAAGAUUCUUCAUCUUCUGAUAGCUCAGACUCUGCUAGUCAUGACUGAGAAGCAAGCCUAGGAUGAUAUAGAUCUAUUCUGAUUAGGUUUAUGAUGUACAGUAUAUCUAUUUUCCUGAAAUCCUUAUUUAUAAAUGUAAAUUCUCCUUCUAUUAAACUAUUUUUUAAAAGUU